UUGUUCUCAACUUCUCACUUCUCAUCGCCACGCGGUCGAUUUUGUCAGCUUUUAGCUUUUCAGCCUCAGGUGCUAGAGAAUUUCCUGAAAUCAGCAAAUUCCAGUCUCGUAAGUCGGCUCCGAUAUAACUCAUAUUUCUGCACAACGAAGUAAAACUUUAGCAACACUUGUCGGUCAAAUUUUGCAUUUCUUUGCACCAGUUUUUCAGGGUCGCAGGUGCAGAACUGACAAGUUAUCAUUUACGAUGGACUCUAAUUCAUCUAAGUAUUCCAGCAACUGUGAAAAUGACACUUUUGAACGGAUAUCACCACUUGGGAAUGGAGACCAUACCAAUGGGCAAUGUCGCACCCCUGAAAAGAGGAAGCGGAGAGACAUUAACUCGAGGCGGGAAAGUUAUAUUGAAUGGGACGAAUUAUUCAUGGCAACUGCCUUUCUUGUUGCUCAGAGGAGCAAAGACCCUUGCUCUCAGGUUGGAGCAUGCAUCGUGAACAAAGAUAAAAAAAUAGUCGGAACUGGUUACAAUGGAUUUCCGUUUGGCUGUAGUGAUGAUAAAUUUCCAUGGAGAAAGGAAUCUGCUUCGAAACUGGAAACAAAAUAUUUGUAUGUUUGUCAUGCUGAAAUGAAUGCAAUUUUGAACAAGAAUUCUGCGGACGUCAAGGACUGCUCAAUUUAUGUGGGCCUAUUCCCAUGCAAUGAAUGUGCGAAAUUGAUCAUCCAAUCUGGUAUUUCAGAGGUCAUCUACAUGUCAGACAAGCAUGCAAUGAAGGAUGAAACCAUUGCUGCUAAGAAAAUGCUAGACGCUGCCAAAGUCCGAUACCGGCAAUACAUCCCGAAAAACCAGCAAAUUGUGAUCGAUUUUACCGAAAUAGACUGGAACAACAUGACACAACUACCGCCAACACCCAUGAAAAAUUCCAAGCAAGUGUCUGACUCAUGAACCUGUUCAACAUUACCUAUUUGAGCUUCUCAUCAAAAUUCUUUGCUGUGCCUUGAUUGAAACUGAACCGAUCAUCUUCUCAAAAUCAGAGGAAAAUAUAAUAAAAAAUUGUAUGAAGAAUAAAACCAUAAAAAAAAAGAAAACAAAAAAAUAGAAGUUGACAUCAAGAAAUCGUUGGAAUUUGAAAAAUCUUCCUCGGCCAUUAUUUCCAACACUUCUGUGUUACAGAAAAGAGCAGUACCUAAGUGCUCUCUGGUAUGAACCUAGAGGCACAUAAGAUCAUGCGCCAACAUGGCUCUUACAGAAAUGCACUUACGCCUCUUUUCUAUAACACUGUAGAAUAAUCUUGGUGGCCAAUUAAAAUUUUAAUUUCCCUUUUCUUUGAUAGCUUUCGUGAUCCUGAGAAAUGCUAAGAAAAUUGCUGCCUUGUAGAAUAUUAAGCACAAGUGUCCUUAAAAAUUUUGACAGACAUAAGUAUAUCCAGUUUUCUUUGGUGCAAGAGGAAUUGUAACUAGAUUCACAUAGCUAGAAAUUGUUUUUUGCGCUCAAUGUGAUCUUGUAUUAAAAUCAGUUCCUUAAACUUUUAACGUGAAUUUUAGGUGUAAGAUAUUAAUGUGAAAUUUUAAUUUGUGAAGUUUGAUCGUAGCCUCUUGGUUGCUUUAAAUUUAUUUUUUUACAUUCCUACCUAAAGCACACAUUGUUACCUAAAUGUUAUUUUUAUCCGACUACAGUCUAGUCGUUAAAAGAUCUUUGACGAGUUUGUUAGCUUGUACCGUACCAAUUCUAAUUUUUUUUUUUUUAAUGUGAGGAAAAUUAUUUAGUCAUAAGUCUAAUUUUAUCAAUAUUUAAAAAUGUUGUGGAAAUUCUCUGUCUGAAUUCUGAGAACUUCUCUGUCUGUCAAUGAUGAAACUCGAAAUGUACACAUAUAUCCUGAUUGCCAUGUCUCAAAAUUCUCACUCUUAAAUUGAAACGAAUGAAGACAUAUGUGCAUGAAAUUUUUACAGAAUUUUUUUGCGUAGUCAAUUGAAAACCAAGCUAAGUUUUACUAAUUGAAUUAAUUGAAAAAGUUUGUUCCUCCUAAAAUAUAUAAAUGUUGCAGGACACCGACAGAGAAUAGGUUUUCUAGUUUUCCCAAUAUUGUACUUAAAGUAAUUUUCUCUAAAUUUUCCAGCUUUCCACCAUCUUCCAUUUUUUUUCAAAUAAGUAGGUAUGUAAUUUUUCCCAGUAAAGCAAUUAAUAAGCUGUAUCUUCUCACCUAAAAAUUUUGAAAUCCAUGUAAUGACCAUGAUUGCUUGACAGCCCUACAGGGCCCUGAAGUUUUUCCUUUCAUUUCUUUAAUGAAGAUAUUUUGAGAAUGGCCAGUCGUUUUCACUUGGGAAAGUCUUUUCCCCCUAAAGAAACAAAUUGCAACUUUCCAAAAUUUUCCCACCCCUAGUGACACCAUCCUUGUUAACAGAGUUGACGUAAAAAAAGUUAAUGCAUUCUUAGGGUGCGACAGAAGAUUAACUGUCCUCAAUUAAGCAUUGAAAGUAACUACAAGAUUUAAGAUUGAGUCUCACUCUAAAAAUGCAUUAAUUUAUUUGGCGUGGAUUCUAUUACUCCAAAUUGUGCAGUUUCCUUAAAUACAUGCGCGUUUUAAAUUUUUGAUGUAAUCGAAAUAAUUAAUUUGCACGGCUUUCCUUAUUUUUGACGAUGUUACCUAAUUUGAUCAUUGCUUCUUUCUUGUGUAAUGCUUCCAUGACCUUAGUUUAUUUUAGUCCAGACAGGUGUCAUCGACUUUCCUUUCUGUUAUUCGUGAUUUUUGAAGUUUCUAACCCUCACUGUUAAUAUUAGAUCUGAAGUAUGUCUUUCAAGAUCCCUUUUAAUGAUCUCAGGGAGAGGUUUCUAUUUAUAUGACAAGCACCCUUGUGCCAUUAAUUUUAAUGUCAAUUAAGCAGCUAUCACUGUCUUUCAGUAAAAAACGUAUAGUCUAUUAUUCAUCUACAUAUAUUAAAGUAGAUCCUCUAAUCGUUAAGUUUUCUUGUUAUGCUGUUCUGAUGGAUCACUUCUUUUUCUUUUUUUUCAUAUGAGAGGCCCCUUUGUAAUUGUUAACUAAAAAUUGUAACAUCCUUCUUAUAUUCUUGGACAUAAUAAAUUUAUUAAGGAAAUAAAA